AUGCUCUCAUCUUCUUACACACAACCGCUGCUUCGACUGGCUGUCGUCGCUCUCACACUCAGUCCGACAUUGGCAAAUCCACUCAUUCCAAAGGAACUCGGUAUUGGAGGCUUGACAUUCAACUCGCUGUUCGGUAGAGGCAAUUGCGAAACCCCUUGCGGUUGGUCUGGUCAAUUGUGCUGUACUGGAGGAGAGUCUUGUUACACGGAUUCGAGCAACCAAGCACAAUGCGCAUCAACGACGGCCGCCGCUGCUCAGAGUCAGACAACUGGUUACUGGAAAUACUGGACUAGCUCUUGGGUCGAGACGCAGACAGAGACGGACAUCAUCACCAAAUACAGUACUGGAAGUUCGUGGUGCGGCGAUGCUUCGACCACCGCUGUCGUGGGUGGCGGCGGUGUAGCCACUUCCGUCUGGGUCGCUCCUUCCACUGCCGCUGCAUCACCAACUGCUUCAAUCGUCUGCAAUUGGAACUCCGGCGAGUCGUCUUGUGGUAACAUUUGCUGUGCAAGUAAUCAGUACUGCCAAGUUUCUGGACAAUGUGCAGCUGCCGCCGGAGCAAGCACUUCCAAACUCAGCUCAGGAAGCUCAACUGGUAUUUCUCCCGCCAUCCUGCCCACAAGUAGCACCUUGGUAAUCGUUACAGCAACCUCGUCUCCCACCACCACUGUCCCUUUCCUCGCUCCCGUCGCCACCGGUGCAAACAUUACCCUCACCGGUGCCGAAUCCAGCAACUCGCAUGGUCUUUCCGCCGGUGCCAUUGCUGGCAUUGUGAUUGGUGUCAUUGCUGGCCUGGUCCUUCUCUCCCUUCUCUGCCUCUUCUGCUGCGCAAGAACGAUUUGGGUCGCUCUCUUUGGCGGCCGCAAAAAGAGACGUACCGAGCGCACCGAGGUCAUCGAAUCCCAUCGCCACAGAUCCUACAGCGGUGCCGGAGGCGCAGCAUACGCAGGCACCCGCCCUGACGACAGAAGAUGGUAUGGCUCCGAAGCGCCCCGCAGAGAAAAGGAACGCAGCAAGUUCACAGAGAUGCUGGGCAUCGGUGCUGGACUGGCUGCUCUGGCGGGCAUAUUGGGCAUGAAGAGGAAGAAUGAUCGUAGAAGGGAUGAGAAGAGCGAGUACAGCAGUGCUUAUACGGAUGCUACCUACAGCGACUACUAUACUAGCGAGAGCAGUGCUAGCUCUGAUGACAGACGGACCAGAAACACAAGACGCUCGUCGCGUCACAGAUGA